AUGCUAUAUUCUCCUGCCUCCCCCUCCGCUCCCCUCUCCCCCCAUCCGCUAUCUUACGUACCCUGCCCUUCUCUUCCCCCCCCCCCCCCCCCCCCCCCCCCCCCCCCCCCCCCCCCCCCCCCUCCCUCCCUCCUUAUUCCCGAAUUCCCAUCUUCUCCUAACCUCCACUUUCCUUCCAGGCGCUUACCUUAUCCCCUUCCCCCCCUUCGACCUCAUUCUCUUCCGAUUCCUCAAUGGGAAACCUUACAAUUCGGCACGCGCGGCUCGUCCUCCUUCCGUAUGAUUUUUCUCCAUUCCACCCACCGCCACAUACUCUCCCCGUGCCACGAUAUUCCGCUUUACGACCCUGACUGCCUCUUACAUUGCAUCUCCGCCGCUCCCGCCGGCACAUGGCUUCCGCACGAUUUCGCCCCCGAAGAUUACAACCCGUUAAGAUGCGCUCCGUUUCAAGUUUCCGCAACUUCAGGAAACUCCGACGCCUUAGGAGGAUCAUCGGGAGGCGCUAGCGAGGGUGCGGUAGUCUCAGCGGCUGUUCCAAAACAUUUUUCUACAAACUGCCCGUGGAGUCUCGGGCUGCUGCCCCAAACGCGACAAGAUCCCGACGAUACUUGCGAUGAGUUACCAAAUGUGCCUGGCGACGAGCGUCCGAUAGAGGUUAUCGAGAUUAGCGGUAGCGAAAUUGCUCUAGGCGAAGUUGUUUCGGUCAAGCCUCUCGCAGCUUUCGCCGUCGCGUCUCCAACGGGAAAACGUUUCGCAUGGAAGGUCGUUGCGAUUUCGGGUAACUGCCCCGUCGCGAGCGUGUUGGAGUCGAUGGAAGACGUCGAGGCGUCGUUUCCAGGGUCGCUUAACGACAUUCGCGAAUGGCUUCGCACGCGCGACGUGCUCCAGUCGAACGGCCGGCACGCAGCAGAUCUUCCAUUCGUCAGCGAGCCGUUGGGAGAAGCAGCAGCAGCAGCAGCAGCGGAGAAUGCGGCGCUAAAAGCGGCGGGGGAAGCGGUUGCUGGCGCGCUUGUGGAGGAAAAGCCAGCCAACGGCAAGUGGGGCGGGAAGCUGCGAGGAAUCUUCCGGACUAAAAGCGGUCGGCUCAUGCCGUCGCGACUCGGCGGCGGGUCGUCUGAUAAAUGCCCCAUUCCCAAGGCUUCUACCAGCCAUUGUAGUAACAGCAACAGCAAUAGCAGCAGCAGCAGCAGCGGCGGCGGCGGCGGCGGCGGCAGCAGCGGCGGCGGCGGAUUCGGCGGGGGCGGCGGAAGCGGGGGAAGCGGCGCUGGCGCGGGGCUCGGCAGUGGCAUGGGGAGCCUCAGAUCUUCGGGUAGCAGCCCAGAAUCGAAUCUUCCUAGGCAGCAGAUCUCGCCCGGUGGACACGUUUGGAGCCACGCGGAAUCAGGCGAGUCGAGAGAAGCUUUCGGGGAUAGGUUGCGGCGCGCCACGUCAUUGGAUCCCGGUCAAUUGGAGCCUGGAAGUGGGAAGAGCAGCGGAUUGGGCGGCGCAGUUUCGGGUGGCACUAGAGGGACCACUUCUCACGCCAUGUCUCUCCGCCGCCUUCUCCAGCUGCUUGCCAUCAUGUGGCAGGGCUACGUGCAUUCGUUCGUGCUCCCCCUCGUAGUGGCGCUGCCCAACGCCAUCGCCGACAUGGUUGUCGCGGCCACCAUGAUGACGACUCGAGUCUUCGUCCGUGGGGACCGUUUAGACGCCCGAUGGCGUUGGAUGCGACUGCUGCAACAGCUUCCCGACGCCCGCUUUUACGAUUACCUGCGCGUUGACCGUCGCGUUUACGUCUACCUCGUGCGGCAUUACGAGCUCAGUGGAUUCGGGCGACCGAACCAGCCCGACGGCAACUUUGUGAAAGUGGCGUUGGCACUCACUCGGAUGGGACAGGGAUGGAGCUACAGGGAGCUCGGCCUUCACUUUGGAUUCAGUGUCUCCUACGCCAAAAAAGUCUACGACAUCUUCAUCGUGUUUGUGACGACCUGGCUGGUCCCGAAGUGGGUUAAGUGGCCAACGCCCGACGACUUGGGGCGUAUGGCGGCGGAAUUUCGCAUGAGAGGAGGCAUCCCCGGAGUCGUGGGCGCCAUUGAUGGAACCUACAUCCGAACGCGGGGCUGGGGCAUUCACCGAGAGGACUUCCGCAAUCGAAAAGGCUUUUUCUCCAUCAUUUUACAAAUCAUAUGCGACUCAGCCAUGGCAUUUGUCAAUGCAGUACGAUUUGCAGCAUGCAGAGGCGGAAUGCCUGCAAGGGCAGAAUGUAUUGCAUACGUGGUCCUCUCAUGA